CCGGGCGGGGCGGAGCGGAGCGGGGAGAGAGGCGGCAGGAGCCGCAGCCGCCCGGCGCUUUGGCCGCUCGCUCUCUCGGCGCCGCGAUGGCUUCGCUCCGCUCCGGCCCGGCCUGGUGGCGCCUCCUCUCCUUGGCCGUGUUCGGCCCCGUCCUCUGCGGCCGGCCCGGGCGGGCUGAGCCGGAGCCGGGCCCGGGCUCGGACGCGGGCCCGGCGGCGGAGGCGGACCCGCACGGGCGGCACCUCUACAGCGCGGAGAUGCUGCGGCACGGCACCGCCGCCGCCCCCCACUUCGUCAUGUUCUUCGCCCCGUGGUGUGGACAUUGUCAGCGUCUCCAGCCAACUUGGAAUGAUUUGGGAGAUAAAUACAACAACAUGGAAAACCCGCAGGUCUACGUUGUUAAAGUGGAUUGUACUACAGAUACUCCACUGUGCUCUGAAUUUGGCGUCCGAGGAUACCCUACCCUAAAGCUGUUUAAACCAGGACAAGAACCUCUGAAAUACCAAGGCCCCAGGGACUUCCAGACACUGGAAAACUGGAUGUUGGAGAAACUAAAUGAGGAACCAUCUCAUCCAGAAUCUGAUGUGGAACCACCAAAAGCCCCUGAACCUAAGCAGGGAAUGUAUGAACUCUCAGCAGACAACUUCAAGAUGCACAUAGCAGAAGGUAAUCACUUUAUCAAAUUCUUUGCCCCGUGGUGUGGUCAUUGCAAGGCUUUGGCCCCAACCUGGGAACAGCUGGCUCAAGCUUUUGAGCAUUCGGAAACUGUCAAGAUUGGCAAGGUUGACUGUACCCAGCAUUAUGAAGUCUGCUCUGAAACCCAAGUUCGUGGCUACCCCACACUCCUCUGGUUUAGGAAUGGUGAAAAGGGUGACCAGUACAAAGGGAAGAGGGACUUCGAUUCCUUAAAGGAAUAUGUGGAUUCCCAACUGCAGAGCUCAGGGAAAGAGCCCCCAGCAGACAAACCUGCUGAAGCCCCGCAGCCACCUGCAGAACCCACCCCUGUUGAGGCUGCAGUGCUCUCUCUCUCUGAAAAAGACUUCGAUGCAACCAUUGCUAGGGGGAUCACCUUUAUUAAAUUCUUUGCUCCAUGGUGUGGUCACUGUAAGAACUUGGCUCCAACUUGGGAGAACCUUGCCAAAGAGCAAUUUCCAGGUUUGACUGAUGUCAAAAUAGCAGAAGUAGACUGCACUGUGGAACGUAAUGUCUGCAACAGAUUUUCUGUUCGUGGUUAUCCUACACUUCUGCUUUUCCGAGGUGGAAAGAAAGUCAGUGAACACAAUGGAACGAGAGACCUUGAGUCACUGCACAGCUUUGUCUUGCGUCAAGCAAGGGAUGAAUUGUAAUAAAAGUCUGGAUGCUCCGUCCCUGGCUGUCUUUGUACAGUAUCUGAGGGAUUUCAAUCAUUGCUAAAUUUCAAAUAGUGUAUUUGGGGUUGGGGGGGUGGGGAUUUGGGCUUUUUUUAAAUUUCUUUUUUAGGAAACCGAAUGUACUAUACAUUGGUAUCUUCCCUCUCUGUGUGUGUUAAAGACAUGCUACCUUGUGUGUGAAGGAAAACUAACAAGUAGUUACUGUGCAAAGUGAGAAUAUUUUCAGCAUGGUACUAUUACUGCAUUUCUGUGUUCCCACAAUGAAGUGUAAAUGGUUUCCUUUGAGACUAAAAUACAUUAAGAAAACCAGCUUAAGGGCACCAGUAGAAUAUUUUUGUCUUCAGGUUAGAUUUGGUUAAAAAGUAGUCCUUACAAAAUGUCCACCAUUACUAGAAAGGCAAAAGCUACACCUGUGUUGAGUGCCGCUGUACUUAAUCCCUAUUUGUCUUAAUAUAGCUGCUGGAUAAGAAACGGAAUGUCAUGGGAGGUUGCAAACACACAUACACACACACUUUUGGAAGAUACCAAGCCACCACGAGCUGGUUGUUUCCUGUUACUCCUCUCAGUGUGGGAGGUCUAGCCAUAAUGAAAGUGAUGGUACUGUAACAUGUGCCUGAACAUUACUGAUGCCAUAGUGUACAUGUGUCAGGUGCAUUUUCGUAGGCUGUUUCCAUCCAGCUCCAGAGGAGCAACUCUGCUCUACUUCUAUAGAGCCAAAGUUGUUGUAACCGCUCCGUUAACGUUAAAUGAUCAGAGCUGAUGACACGGGUUUCGUGCCCUCGCCUGCAUCCACACUUCGUGCUGACUUGCUCCUUAUUCAGAGUACUUAAACAACAAGUAGUACAUUUUUUGUUUUGGUUUUUUGGUUUUUGUUCAGCUAUCCUACAGUAGUAUAAAGUAGUUCCCCACUCCUCUUCUUGAGCCUUAACUGUUUCCCAAGCUGCAAGUGUUGGUAAGUUUGAAUGCUAGGACCAGGCACUCUGUGGUGCCCUGGGUUAGAAUAUGGAUCUGUUCUUUGGUGCAGAAGCUGUUCCAUGUUAGACAUAAUUGAAAGCCAAAGAAUUUACGCUACAGAGACUGUGAUGAUACAAAGACAACAGCAAACCAAGGACUGAAUUCUGCCAUCUCGUGCGCAUAGAAACUCAUGGAAUGAGGAUGACUACAGGCUGACUAAUCUGUCAAGAUGCUGAUUUUUGUCCAUCAUAUGGAAUAAGUUGGGUUUGUGUGUUUUGUUUUUUUGGGUUUGUUUUGUUUUGUUUUUUUAAAGCAAACCAGCAACGAAUAUUUAAACCAGUGAAUUUCUCCUAGUACUCCACUUCACUGUCUGUCCAGAACUUUUGAUUCUGUUCAAUUUAAAAAUAUGUAAGGGUGAAAAAGCCACAGUGAAAGCUAAGUGUUGUACUGGCAGAUGUAUUAGAUCAAUGUAUAUACUUCUGCCUUAAAGAAAGCCUUUAUUAUCAUGUUUUUAACAACUUUCUAGUGAAGCACAAUCUCAUGAGUUUCUUGUAUAAAAUCAAAGUGGUACAAUUGUUUACACUGAGAUUUUUCUAAAUAAAAACUUUUUUAAAAAGCA